CCAUACUCCUGUAAAUACUGCUUAAAGACAUUUUCUAGAGCUUCCAACCUAAGAGAACAUUAUACUGUUCAUACUGGCGAAAAGCCCUAUGCGUGUGAGCAUUGCUCGAAGGCGUUUUCUCAUCCGUCACGUUUAAAGGCACAUAUGAGAGUCCAUACUGGUGAGUAUACGUGUGAGCAAUGCUCAAAGUCAUUUUCUCAAUUUUCGCUAUUGGUUUCGCAUACGGAAACCCAUACUGGCCAAAAACCAUAUUCCUGUAACCAUUGCUCAAAAUUUUUUUCUAGUACAGCAAGCUUAAAAGCUCAUGUCAAGCUCCAUACUGAUCAGAAAUCAUAUACGUGUGAUCAGUGUUCAAAGUCGUUUUCUACAUUUUUUGGCUUAAAAGAGCAUGGUAGGAUCCAUACCGGCGAAAAGCCCUAUGUGUGUGAGCAUUGCUCAAUGGCAUAUUCACAUGCUCUAAGCUUAAAGUUACAUAUGGUAUCGCACACUGGCCAAAAACGGUAUUCCUGUGAAUAUUGCUCAAAAGCAUUUGCAACAUCUUCGACACUAAAAAAACACUUGGUUGUGCAUACUGGCGAAAAGCGCUAUUCGUGUAAACAUUGUUCCAAGACGUUUUCUCAAUCUGGAGGUUUAAAUAUGCAUUUGAAACUCCAUACAGGCGAGAAACCACAUAUCUGUGAAUAUUGCUCGAAGGCAUUUGCUAGAGCUUCAAACCUAAAAGAACAUUAUAUUGUUCAUACUGGCGAAAAGCCCCAUUCGUGCGAACAAUGCUCGAAGACAUUUUCUCAUAGUUCACGACUAAAGUCACAUAUGAAAGUGCAUACUGGUGAGUAUAAGUGUGAGCAAUGCCCAAAGUCAUUUCCUGUCUUUUCGCGAUUGCUUUCGCAUAUGAGAGUUCAUACCGGGGAAAGACCAUAUACAUGUGAACAUUGCUCAAAAGCAUUUACUAAUUCUGCAAGCUUAAAAGCACAUGUUAAACUCCAUACUAAUCAAAAAGCAUAUUCGUGUGAUCGCUGUUCAAAGUCAUUUUCUACAUUUUUUGGUCUGAAAGAACAUGUACGAGUCCAUAGUGGCGAAAAGCCCUAUGUGUGUAAACACUGCCCAACGGCAUUUUCACAUGCUCUAAGCUUAAAGUUACAUAUGGUAUCACACACCGGCCAAAAACCAUAUAAGUGUGAACACUGCUUAAAGGCAUUUCCUACAGCUUCAAGGCUAAAAGAACACUUGGUUGUUCAUACUGGCGAAAAGCCCUAUGCGUGUGAACAUUGUUCAAAGAGGUUUACUCAAUCUGGAAAUUUAGGGAAACAUAUGAAACUCCAUAAGGAUUCAUAAAAGGCCUAUGCUGGUGAAAAACCAUAUUCGUGCUUCAAUGAAACUGUCUGUUAAAAGUUUUUUCUCAGAAAUCACACAAGAUAAGUCACACGAGACAUCAUGAUGGUGAAAAUUGGGUAUUGUGACGACAUUUCUUUACGGAUCUUGUGUUGGAAAAUCUUUAACAGAUUGGGAAAUGCACGGUGAACUGAAAGUCUUGUCCUUGUAUGUUUGUUUAGUUUCGAUAUAUAGUUACAACGUAUGUUUCUUGGAAACAUUAUUAAAAGUACUUAACUGUUUUGUACAACUAUUUCUAUCGCCCCCAACUUUCAAUAUAUGCCCACUUGAUAGCUUAGGCUUAGAGAGUGGUAUUCCGGUUCCCACCAAGAGUGUAGGAGCAAUUUUUUGUGAAGUACACACAUAAACUUCAGUCGUAGAAUUUAGUUCUUCGACAUCAGCACUCUGUACACCAAUGACUUUGCUUUUGUUAUAACCCCAAAAGAAGGACUUAUCCAAGAUUUCUGGAAAGAUUAGCAACGCUGCCUGUUUAUUUUAAAUUUUUAUGCUGUCCCGCUUAUUGAUUUUGCUACGGGAUUGUCGCGUUCAUAAGAAUGUUGAAAUGCAUGGUGAACACAGAUGUGCGACAUCGUUUCAUGAACCUGAAGCACACAUUGGGCUAUCUGUUCAAUCGGCACCGUGUUAGCCAAAAAUGUGUUCCUUACAAAUGGUCGUUCCCCUUGAUUCACUCUUGAAGGAACUCUCGCGCCGUUAAUUGCAAAAGAAAGCUACUGAAACUGACCUCUGCAAUGUCACAAAAAAUAUAUUAGUUUAUUAAAGAGUUAUUUUGCAACGAAUUAAAAAGCCAGGGAGCCAGGACAGGACUUAGUGCACCCUGUAUUAUUCUGGCAAAAAGCUGUGACCUGUGGACAACGAUGUAAUAACCAGAAAUUGCAAUACAGGAUUUCAAGAAGCAAACUGGAUACUUACUCACAGUCCUUUCGUGGAAUUUCUGAAUGGUUAAAGAACUGCAACCCUUGUAAAAUUUUAGUACAUUUUAUAGUUAUUCUUUGCAAAACGAAGUUUCAUGUUUCUUAGCCAUGCUGAUUAAGACCAGCAGAAGUUAUUAGAGGAUAUUUAAAGUACAAUAUGGCUACCAUUCAUGUGUAAAGCAUUCCCAGACUUUUA